CACAACCUCGCUUCGGUUUUACCUUGACCCUCUGCAACCGCAGAAAAGAGUCUAGUCGACGACGCGGCUUGCUGCCUGGGAACUGGAGACGAGCGUACGGCGAUUGAGAGGACAGGUCAAUUGCGCUUACCUGGAGGGCGAUAUAGGUGUCUGGCUGGCAGUGAAAGAGAUCAGGUACCAACGAGACUCUUGUCGCAGCGAUAUCGAUUCGUAGCAACGCCUGCGGCGUUCCUUGCCAACCUCUACCUACCUUCCCCAUUCUACCUCGUCAUGGCGCAACAUGGCUCAGAGAAGCAACCCAAAUUACCUGACUUCACCAACCUGACCGAACGAUCUAAGAAAUUCUACGACGGGACAUAUAAGUCGAAUGAGUUUGGGUUUGAGGAUGAGGAGGGCGUGUAUCAUGCUUUCGGCACAGGACCGGAUUCGGGACCCCCUACUCCACUGCCGGCGUCUGCUUCGCUAUUUGAUUCUGAGGACGAUGUGAAUGGCAGAACAUAUGAAAACGGUGGAAGUGAUCAUGUUUCAGGAGGGCGCGGGCGAUCGGAUGGAGAUGUACCGGCACUGACUUCCCACACGGCUGCUUCGGCGUCGCUUGCUCCCGAACAGCAAGCUUCCUACCACUCUGCAUUGCAAGACUGGACGACGAAUCGCACAGAUCAGCUCAAGCACAUCUUCGAGAACAUGGUGCGAGAAGGUCUCGUCGACGAACAAUCCUUCCGGCAUGCCGCCCACACUGAACUGCGCGAGGGCUGGCUCCCGGACUGGGACGAGCGCACGAUAGACCAGCUUCAAGGCCGACUGGAAGGGAUUCUGAUCGGAGCGUGGUGGACUGGUGCCGGGUAUACACUGCAGGAGGCAUAUCGUCGUGUGGGAAUCGAGUAUCCGGAUGCGAUUUUCCGGGGAAGGACCAUCACUGAUGCAGAGGUGAUGAGGGAGCUGGGAAUGGCGAGGUUGACGCUGGGGACGAUGAGAAACGAAAAUCUACAGAAUGGGGACACAGUUGAGGGUGAGAGCCAGGCUCCAAAGUCCCCAUUCUCCAACAUUUCAGGCAUGACGGAUGUGUCUGAUCCGCCAUCUGUGCUUGCGAAUCCGGAUGCUGCUGAUCACGAUGAAGUGCUGAAUGGAGCCGCUCAUAGCGAGGGCAGUAACGGUGAUCAUGACGAAGAGGAGAAGAACGCCGGAAAUGCCAAUAUCAUCAACGGAGUCAAUGGUGCCAUUGACAUAUCGAAGAGUCAGAUCAACGGAACGAACGGCAACGCAGUGGCUCCUGCCACCAACGGCCUCCCUCUCGCAUCCAAGACUCUCAGCAGCAAUAACAACACGCUCUCCCACACCACUACUACCACGAAGACGCCGACUAAGAACAAAGCGAAAGCCAAGCACGACAGUGACAAUGAAGAUCCAGAGUUCGUACCCGGGAAACCGACGCCGAAGCGCAAGAGUGUCAAGGGAAAGAAGAUGGCGACGAAGAAGGGGGUGGAGCAGGAGAAUACUCCGCCUACGAGGAGGUCCGUGAGGUUGGCCAAGUAACAUGCCGGGGAGAGUUCCCAAGAAGUGGCACUGAGAGCCGCUGGGAAAGGAACGGAUGCAAAAUGUAGGAAUAUGAUGGGG